AUGGACACUCUGGUCUUGUACAAACAGUUGGCUCUGCCUUGGCAUCCUAUCUGCUGCCUAGGUGGUUCUGUGGGGCGGGCCCACAGACUGGGGAGGGUGGGGCAUCCAGGGAGAUUUAAAGAGCUCCCAAGGCACACCCUGUGCCCUGUGCUGCCGCCGGAUGCCUCAGCUCCUACCAUGGCCGAAACCACCAAGCUCCAGCUGUUUGUCAAGGCCAGUGAAGACGGCGAGAGCGUGGGUCACUGCCCUUCCUGCCAACGGCUCUUCAUGGUCCUGCUCCUCAAGGGUGUGCCCUUCACACUCACCACAGUGGACACACGAAGGGCGUUGGAUGUGCUGAAGGACUUCGCGCCGGGCUCACAGCUGCCCAUCUUGCUCUAUGAUGGGGAGGCCAAGACAGACACGCUGCAGAUUGAGGAGUUUCUAGAGGCGACGCUGAGGCCACCUGACUUCCCUAGCCUGGCACCUAGGUACCGGGAGUCCAAUACCGCAGGAAAUGACAUCUUCCACAAGUUUUCUGCCUUCAUCAAGAACCCAGUACCUACACAGGACAAUGCCCUAUAUCAGCAGCUGCUCCGGGCCCUGACCAGGCUGGACAGCUACCUGCGUGCACCACUAGACCAUGAACUAGAAAGGGAGCCACAACUUCGUGAGUCCCGACGCCGCUUCCUAGACGGUGACCAGUUCACACUGGCUGACUGCAGCCUGCUGCCCAAGCUGCAUAUUGUAGAUACCGUGUGUGCACACUUCCGCCAGAUGCCCAUCCCUGAGGAACUGUGUGGUGUCCGCCGCUACCUGGACAGUGCCCUGCAGGAGAAGGAGUUCAAGUACACGUGUCCACACAGUGCCGAGAUCCUGGCAGCUUAUCAGCCUGCUGUGCACCCCCGUUAGCACCCCUGACCCCAUACACUCAUCUGCAGCCCCAUAAAGGCAUCUCUGCCCCAAGUUAAGCGUGUCCUGAACAUCCAAGUGGCCAGAGGCCCACAAUUACGCCAGCCCAACCCCAUGGUAAGAAGCAUAGUUCAAGAAGACAGCCUAAAAUGAUGAGGGCGGGAGUCCAGUAGGCAAGGUACAGCUCAUCCUCUCCAUGGUGCUAGCAAAGGCCUGGGGCCCCCUACAGCUGCCCUGGCACAGUGGCAUCAGGGAUCUAGGGGACUGGAUUAGUCUCCCAAACCAGUCAGGCCAGAGCUGGGCGCGGUGCCCUGGAUGGCCAAGAAGGGUGGGGAGCAGAGCCCCAUGGAGCUCAACCUCUGGGAUCCUGGCCAGGUGGGUGGUGGCAGGCCUACAUUCCUUAGUCCUGCCACAGGCUGUGGGCCAACCCCACCUCCUCCUAGAAGGGGCUUCCGCUGCCUGACACUCUGUAGUGGCCUUCCAAAUAUGCCAUCUUCCCCAAGACAACUCCUCUGUGCAUCUCUGUAUGGGACAGGUGUGACCUGUCUUGCCUGGGUGGGGCUUAGAAGUGUGGGACAGCAUUCCAAGCCUUAUGAAGUCCUGGCCCUACCAGGCUGGGACCUUCUCAGCUUCUGGGCUGGCCAUGCAGAAACAACACAAGUCAGUCUACGAAAGCUCUACCCUAGAU